AUGCCCGCGAUCGUCCCUGCCGACGAGAUCGAGCAAUUCCAGAAAUACGCCGACGAAAAUGGCCGGAUUCAACUGAGCGCUGGCUUCUUCCAGAAAAUGUUCUCGCGCGGGGGCAACGAGACUGGCUACCAAAUUCUGCAGAUUUACCAAUUGAAGUCGAACAACCAGGAAAAUUUCUGUGGCCGCGCUCGCUGCUCGGAUGGGAUGUUCUUCACAUCUUGCGUCUACUUUGACGCGAGCCUGAAGGAGCAGCUCGAGAACGAUCAUAUGUUCGACUCGACCUGCUCUCCGCUGAUCGCCGCAAAGAGCUACCAUUUUUCGAAGGACACCUCACUGGGAGGCGGCCUCAAGACGCCGAUCGUCAUCACCGAAUACGAGCUGAUCGUGAAGGACAGUCCGAGAAACGAAUCUGCCACUAAUUUGCCCGCCACAGUCGAGGCCGUUAAGGGCUACACGGGGUAUCAUGGAAACCCGGCCUACGUCUCGUUGAAGCUGCCAAACGCUGACCAGAACGACAGUUUCGAGGAGUCUGAGCCACCCCGGAAACCUACGGCGGCGCCCCAGAUCCGUCACCCUCCGGCUCGCCAGGAUUCAGGCGGCUCCGCCACUGUGACGCCGAUUGCCGCUAUCACGCCUUACAUCAACAAGUGGCGCAUCCUGGGCAAAGUGACGAAUAAGCAAGACAUGCGCACCAUUACCUCGGCGGCGCGCGGUCAGAUGAAGGUGCUCAACUUCGACCUGACCGAUGAUCGUGGCACCACAAUUCGCUGUGCUUCCUUCAGCGAGGUUGCCGAGAAGGUCAACCAGAAUAUUCAAUUACGCAAUUCGUACUACCUGACGAACUGCACCGUCCGCCCGGCAAACAAGCAAUUCAACGCGACCGGCCACGACUACGAGCUGACGAUCCGCAACGCCGACGAUCUGGUCCUCUGCUUGGACCAUGAGAUCCCGGAACCUAAACUGACGCUGAGGCCCGUGCUGCUCGACAAGCUCGCCCAGCACACCAACCAGCUCGUCGACGUUCUAGCCCUCAUCGACGCGGUGGCCCCAUUAAAUGAGUUCACCGCCAAAAGCGGCAACGAGGUCGUGAAGCGUGACGUUAGCCUGAUCGACGACACCGGCACGAUGGUCACGCUGACACUGUGGGGCGACCAGGCUCGCGAAUUCGAAACUAAUCCUGGCCAAGUGAUCGGCAUUCACGGGGCCAGGGUCAAGGAGUUCAAUGGCGCUUUGUCCAUCUCGGCCGGCCAAACGAUGCAAUGGAACCCGGAGAUGUCGAGGGUCCAUACGCUGCUCGAUUGGUGGGCCAACGCUCGCAAUUACUGCCAGCCCACCUCAAUCUCGGCCGGUGUCUCGCGAGGUCCGCGUCUGGAACGCGAUCUCACGCUUCUCGGCACGGCCACGGCCCUCAACUACGGCAAGGAUUCGGAGAAGGGCCAAUACUUCUCGGUGGUCGGUUUCUUCCGCGACAUCAAGCAGGACAAUGCCCUCUAUCAGGCUUGCCCCAACGAGGGUUGCCAAAAGAAGGUGAUCGCCGAGCACAACCAGUAUCGCUGCGAGAAGUGCAACAAAGUCAUGGACACGUUCAAGUGGAACAUGAUUGUUCAUGCGGAAAUCUACGACUCCACGAACCUGGUCUGGGUGUCCAUGUUUUCCAAGACUGGCGAGCAGAUUCUCGGAACGACGGCCCAGGAGCUUGGUGAUUUGCGUGAGAAUAAUCAAGCUGAAUACGAGGCCGUCUUCCAGCGCAUCCUCCAUGUGCCCUACCAGUUCCGUCUGCGCGCCAAAGCCGAGUUCUAUAACGAGGAAGAACGGAUGAAGUACAGCGUCGUCUCGGCCGAGCCCGUCGACUGGGACACACUGAAGGGUUGCUGGGAACGGACGCUGAAGCAGCUGAAAACCGUCGCCGACGCCAAGGAGGAAAUGAUGGAA